UCUUGCCGUCCCCAACCAGUCACAGUCCGUCCAUGUUCCCACAAUCAGCCCUUUUUACUCUUAGGAUGAUAUGCCUCCCUCUAGCGUGUCCGCUUUUGAUCCAAGUCACAAUGGCGGCAUUCCCCACGGAUGGAGACUGGGGAAAAUUCGCAGAGGAUCUUGCUGACAGUAUCGGAGAAAGCCCACGGAUCAAAAGAGGACAAACGGAUCAGUUAGCAACUUUUGAGUUGAAUCCGAUGGCCGCGUUCUUUGGCCAAUCACCAGGUUCAGAAUGGACGCAAGAUGUUCGUCUCAUGACCCCGGCCCCACAUGGCAGUACUGGCAGGGAUGGACAUCCAACACAACCCAAUAAGCGCCGAAAAUCUAUUCAAGCACCCAGUAAUCUGUCUGCAGUUGGGCCUGUUCAAGAGCAUGAGGAACAUCAUGAGGUUUCCCCUUCCCAUUUUGACUCUGGAUUCUGGAAACAUGUCCAGCUUUGUUCCCCGGGUCAACUAGACUCCGCCUUCAAGAAAAUUUUAAGGCCCGAUCGUCCUACGAGCCACACAUCAAUUUUAUCUGAUAAGAAUUUCCUCACGUUGGAAUUGAAGUCUUUCCUCGAUGAAAUACAAAACAAGAAACAUGGUCCGCUAGCUGAUCAACACAAAAAACAUUACGAGAAUACCAUCAAUCAGAUCUAUGCCAAGUUUGAUGAUUCGUCACUUAUUCCUGAAAUGAGCAAAAUAAGCAACUGGCCAGUCACAACGACUACAUCUUUUAAUGACGAAUCUGGAUAUUAUGUGUCAUUAAUAAUUCCUGUGAAUGACCAGGGGGAAAGAUAUGACCCUGAUAUAUUGCUGAAAGUCUUUGCAGAUUUAAACGAUCUGCUUGCCCACAUUCACUAUUUAAUACGGAAUCAUCUUAACGGGAUUAAUGUUCUUGGUCAUGAUGACCACGAACAAGACUACCAGAAACUAGUGCUCUGGCUCUUUGGAGAAGUUUUCAAUCCUAAAAGAAGCCUUCCUGUGUUAGGUGAGACAAGUCUCAAUGGAGUUCAUGAUGGUGAAUUUGGGGCGAUCCAGAUUUGGAUACUCAAGCUUCUGCAAGAUCCCACUUCUCUUUUGAAUGUCUCCCUUAAAGAUAUCUGGCUGCCCUCAGACCAGGUAGUGGUGAUGGAAGCAGUUCAAGAUCAUUGA